AAGCUAUUGGAAACAUGCCUAAAACUUUGGUGAAAUGCUGGAAACCAGUUGAAAAACAGUAACAUCCUACUCAAUUAAAUAGCUUUUUCUAAAUCUAUAACAGAAUUGUCAAGACGUGAACUAUGACAAUCUAUCAAGUUUUGCUACUGUUUCUACUCUGGGUAUGCCUGCCACAUUUCUGUUCUCCUGAGAUGAUGUUUCGAAGGACUCCUGUGCCCCAGCAAAGAAUUUUAGGUGCACGUGUGCCUAAAAAUGAUGGCAAAGUUCUACAUCGUCAAAAACGUGGUUGGAUGUGGAAUCAAUUUUUCUUACUGGAAGAAUAUACAGGAUCUGAUUAUCAAUAUGUAGGGAAGCUUCAUUCAGACCAAGAUAAAGGAGAUGGAUCACUCAAAUAUAUUUUAUCUGGAGAUGGAGCUGGAACACUUUUUAUUAUUGAUGAAAAAACAGGUGACAUUCAUGCCACAAGAAGAAUUGACAGAGAAGAAAAGGCUUUUUAUACGCUACGUGCACAAGCUAUUAACAGAAGAACUUUGAGACCAGUUGAACCUGAGUCUGAAUUUGUGAUUAAAAUCCAUGAUAUCAAUGAUAAUGAACCCACAUUUCCAGAGGAAAUUUAUACAGCUACUGUUCCUGAGAUGUCUGUUGUAGGUACUUCUGUGGUGCAAGUCACAGCUACAGAUGCUGACGACCCUUCCUAUGGGAACAGUGCCAGAAUCAUUUACAGCAUUCUUCAAGGGCAGCCAUAUUUCUCUGUGGAGCCUGAAACAGGAAUUAUCAGGACUGCUUUACCCAACAUGAACAGAGAAAACAGGGAGCAAUAUCAAGUAGUGAUUCAAGCCAAGGAUAUGGGCGGCCAGAUGGGAGGUUUAUCAGGGACCACCACCGUGAACAUCACGCUGACGGAUGUCAAUGACAAUCCUCCCCGUUUCUCCCAGAAUACUGUCCAUCUUCGAGUUCUUGAAUCCUCUCCAGUUGGCACAGCCAUUGGGAGCGUGAAAGCUACUGAUGCUGACACCGGGAAAAAUGCAGAAGUAGAAUACCGAAUUAUAGAUGGUGAUGGGACAGAUAUGUUUGACAUCAUCACGGAAAAAGACACACAGGAAGGAAUCAUAACUGUAAAAAAGCCUCUUGACUUUGAGAGCCGGAGACUUUAUACCCUGAAAGUUGAAGCAGAAAACACCCAUGUGGACCCUCGAUUUUAUUACCUUGGACCGUUUAAAGACACCACCAUUGUGAAAAUCUCCAUCGAAGAUGUGGAUGAAGCUCCUGUUUUUAGCAGGUCCUCCUAUCUCUUUGAGGUUCACGAGGAUAUUGAAGUAGGCACCAUCAUAGGAACCGUAAUGGCAAGGGAUCCUGAUUCUACCUCGAGCCCUAUUAGGUUUUCCUUGGAUCGCCAUACUGAUCUUGACAGGAUCUUUAAUAUACAUUCUGGAAAUGGAUCUCUUUAUACAUCAAAGCCACUUGACCGAGAAUUGUCGCAAUGGCACAAUCUUACAGUUAUAGCUGCUGAAAUUAACAAUCCCAAAGAGCUGACUCGUGUAGCUGUUUUUGUGAGAAUUUUGGAUGUUAAUGAUAAUGCCCCACAAUUUGCUGUUUUCUAUGAUACUUUUGUAUGUGAAAAUGCCAGACCAGGACAGCUAAUACAAACUAUAAGUGCAGUAGACAAAGAUGAUCCUUUAGGUGGACAGAAAUUUUUCUUCAGUUUAGCUGCUGUCAAUCCAAACUUCACAGUACAAGAUAAUGAAGAUAACACAGCCAGAAUUUUAACAAGAAAAAAUGGAUUCAAUAGACAUGAAAUAAGUACCUAUCUCUUGCCUGUGGUGAUAUCAGACAACGAUUACCCGAUUCAGAGCAGCACCGGCACGCUUACCAUCCGCGUGUGUGCUUGUGAUAGCCAAGGGAACAUGCAAUCAUGCAGUGCUGAGGCCCUGCUUCUCCCUGCAGGCCUGAGCACUGGGGCCUUGAUAGCUAUUCUGCUUUGCAUCAUUAUUCUGCUGGUUAUAGUGGUCCUCUUUGCAGCCUUAAAAAGACAGAGGAAAAAAGAGCCCCUGAUCUUGUCCAAGGAAGAUAUCAGAGACAACAUCGUGAGUUAUAACGACGAAGGUGGAGGCGAGGAAGACACCCAGGCCUUCGACAUUGGCACCCUGCGAAAUCCUGCAGCCAUCGAGGAGAAGAAGCUGCGUCGUGACAUCAUGCCUGAAACUUUAUUCAUUCCCAGGAGGACUCCCACUGCCCCUGAUAACACAGAUGUGCGGGAUUUCAUUAACGAGAGGCUCAAAGAACAUGACCUAGACCCCACUGCACCACCCUACGACUCCCUGGCCACCUAUGCCUACGAGGGGAAUGAUUCCAUUGCAGAGUCGUUGAGUUCUUUGGAAUCAGGGACCACAGAGGGAGACCAAAAUUAUGAUUACCUCCGAGAAUGGGGUCCUCGCUUCAAUAAGCUGGCAGAGAUGUAUGGUGGUGGGGAGAGCGACAAGGACUCCUAACCUAGGAUGCAGGUUCCCUGCAAAAGCAUCUUUGACCUCCAUCGUCUCCACUUCACCCUAUUUGAGACCCAGGAAGAUGUUCCUGUCACCCACUUGGCACAAUUUCUGCACCCCUCCCAUCCCCCCUUUUUUAAUUUGUUCAUUAAUUACAUUAAUUCUUUCCUGUAGGAUGUCUCAUGGAAAUAUAUACGACAUUUUAUUUAAUCACUUCCAAGAGCCAAAGCUAUGGAAAAUUCAGUGUUGUCCAUCUUAGAAAAUAAAAGAUAACUUCAGAAACAUGAGCAGGAUCUUGGCCCUUAAAAAAAAAAAACCUCACCAACUUGUCACUUCUGUUCAAUCCAUGCCUUUGCCCUUGCAAAUGAAGCUUUUAAAAGAGGUGAAGACAUGUUAAGGUACUUCCUGUUCUGUACAUUAAAUUAAAACAAACAAAUGUACAUGUGGUGUUAGUAGGUGUGAUAUGCAACCUGGUAUACAAAUGUUUGUGCAAUUUCAUUUCAUCAAAUUCUAUCUGCUAAUGUUUUAUAUUUAUAUUUUUGUAUUUAUUUUUAAAAAAAAUAAACCAGUUUUUACAACUA